AUGUCAAACUGUCUGCUAACGGAUGAGACGAAACGAUAUGUUGCAAUUGUUGCACGCGAAGAUGUUGGUCUUAGAAGACGCGAGGUUUUUUUGGGACAGAAUGCGAAAGGAGUUGAAAACAUCCAGAGGAGAUGUGUCGCCUGUAGCGAACCGCAAAAAAGCAUUCACAUCAUUCGGAAAUCUGUUCAUAUCUAUUUAAUUUAUUUAUUACCGAUCUAUCUAUCUAUCUAUCUAUCUAUCUAUCUAUCUAUCUAUCUAUCUAUCUGUUUCUCUGCUCGUCUGUCUGCUUAUCUAUCUGUUACUCUCUCCUCUCUCUCUCUCUCUCUCUCUCUAUCUAUCUAUCUAUCUAUGUUUAUAUCUAUCUAUAUAUGCCUGUUCAUAUUUCUCUGUCUCUGUCUCUCUCUCUCAAUCUAUCUAUCUCUAUUUCUCUAUGCUUGUUCAUAUCUAUUUGAGCCUAUCUAUUUAUCUAUCUAUCUGAUUUUUUCAUAUCUAUCUAUCUAUCUAUCUAUCUAUCUAUCUAUCUAUCUUACAACUUGCAAAUAUACUAAUCUUUAA